CGCACACAUACGGGCACGGACGCACGCACGCGCAUCACCAGCCUUAUGGGGCGACCUCUAUAGAGGAAUUUGGGCUUUUGUAAGAAGAGCGGCUGCAGAAAGGGAAGGCUUGUUUGUGCAGGGCGACAUUGAAAGGACACGCCAAAGAAGAGGAGGAAGUCCCAAAAUGUCCUUUUGUCUCAUUUGGACGGAGGAGAGUUGAAUCAUGGACGAUUUGGUGUUGAUUUGGUGAUUUCCCCCAGUGCCACCUUCCUUCCCCCCCUUUUUUUUGCACUCGCAUCAGCAUCGGCCGAGGUGCGUUCAGGGACACCCGGGACGUUCCGGCCCUCAGCUUUGUUUCAUUUCCGCAUCCGAUUGCCUUACCAUUAAAGCGAAUGUAGAUUUUUUUUUUUUUUAAAUUUUUUUUUUUUAGGUUAACGUAUGACUCGUCGGUGCUCCUUUUCCUCCUCUCCUCGCUGAGACGGCAGAUCCUCGCAGAGGACAUUACCCACCACCUCCUCCACCCCCCCCCCCCCUCCGCUAAAGACAUUUUGAUCGUCCUCUACUACUACUGCCCCCCCAUCCCCGCCACCUCCUCAAGGCUCCAGCCGAAGCCGCUCCUCCUCCACCAUGUCCGGGCCGACUCUGACGGACCGGAUCGCCGCCGCGCAGCACAGCAUGAGCGGCUCGGCCAUCAGCAAAGCCGUGUGCAAGGCCACGACGCACGAAGUGAGCGGACCCAAGAAGAAGCACCUUGACUACUUGAUCCACUGCACCAACGAGCUGAACGUCAGCAUUCCUCAUCUGGCGGACACGCUACUGGAGCGCACGGCCAGCAACAGCUGGAUCGUGGUCUUCAAGGCGCUCAUCGCUACGCAUCACCUCAUGAUGUACGGCAACGAGAGACUGAUGCAGUACGUCGCCUCCAGAAACACGCUCUUCAACCUCAACAACUUUCUAGAUAAGGCUGCGCUACAAGGAUACAACAUGUCCACUUUCAUCAGACGCUACAGUCGAUACCUGAAUGAAAAAGCCAUGUCGUUCAGGUUAGCAGCGGUGGACUUCACCAAGAUGAAGCGAGGGGCUGACGGCGUGAUGCGUACCAUGAACACAGACAAGCUGAUUAAGACGUUGCCAAUCAUUCAGAACCAGCUGGAUGCACUGCUGGAUUUCCAGCCCAACUCCAACGAACUGAGCAACGGUGUCAUCAAUACGGCCUUCAUGCUGCUCUUCAAAGAUUCCAUCCGGUUGUUCGCUGCGUACAAUGAGGGCGUCAUCAACAUGCUUGAGAAGUACUUCGACAUGAAGAAGAACCAGUGCAAAGAGGCUUUAGAGCUCUACAAGACCUUCCUCAACAGGAUGACCAAACUGUCCGAGUUUCUCAAAGUAGCCGAGCGAGUUGGGAUAGAUCAGGGCGACAGCCCCGAUCUCACACAGGCUCCCAGCUCACUUCUUGAGGCUCUGGAGCAACAUUUAGCCUCCCUGGAGGGCCGGAAGCUCAAAGACCUCUCCACUGCCAGCAGGUCCAGCACUCUUUCAAGCACCGUGUCAUCCCUCUCCAGUACUGGAAUUUCCCUUAGCCGAAUGGAUGAUAAAAUGGAGGACAACAGACUGCAGCAACACAAGGAUGAUGGUCACAAGGUGAUUAAUAUCCAGACGCCCAACGUAUCGCCCAGCGCUCAGUCGGUGGGCAGUGCCAACAGCAGUGGGGGAGCAACAGACCUGUUCUCCAGCACACCCCUAGUAGCCGUCAACAACCAUGUGCCAAACUUGACCAAUGAGCUGUUCACCCUACAGCCCCACUACACACCCCUUCAGACCACACACACUGUGCCCAACAACAACGCCUGGGGAGGUGACUUGCUCAAGCCGGCCCCGCCCACUCAGAUCCACAGCCCCGGAGCUCCGCUGCAUUCUGGGAAGAUGAUCCCCACAGAUUUGGACUCUUCAUUAGCCAACCUUGUCGGGAACCUGCAGUUUGGCGGGACGCCAGCCAAAAGGCCUGAGCUGCAGUGGAGUCAGCUGGUGGAGAAGAAGCCGACAGGGGGGAGCGGCUGGCAGACCAAAACAGUGUGCACUAGCACGAACUGGACUCACUCAGCCCAUCCCAUUGCCCCAGCUCCCAUGCCUGUCCCUCAAAUGAAUGGGGUGAUCUACACUGGCUAUGCUCCAGCUCCAGUAGCUUUUCCUAUGACGACCCCCCAAGUGCCUGUCUAUGGAAUGCUCCCCCCUCAGAUGAGCCAUCAGAUGGGGGGUGUUCCCAUGAUGCCCCCGCAGCCUGUUAUGUACAACCAGCCGGUCCUGAGACCUACCAGUCCGUUUGGACCGAUCCCGGGGACGCAGAUGCACUUCAUGUAGAGAUAAUGCUGUAACCAUGGCACCAGAGCUGAGCGUCACGGAGGAUGAGUGAAGACAACAGAAGGAUGGCAGAGGAAGAGAAAAGGGACACAAAGAGAGGAGAAAGAACUAACACUCGGCCCUCCUCAGAUAUCCUCGCUACCCAUCCGUGUACCAACAAGUCCCCCAAAAUAAAAACGCCAAGAGGCGCCAGAAGCUCAGCACCGAUAUUCCACUCCCACUAUUUGAUUGGCCAAAAACGACCCGUGAUGACGCUACAACCAUUGAAGCUGCUCCAUCGUCAAGUCCUGACCCAAUAUUCCCCUACUUCUUAGACAUCCAAUUCAAUCGUUCCCGUUCCGGAGUUAAAGACACUGGAUCGUUUCCUGGCACUUUACUCCGCGUGAACUUUGCCAAGGGUGUGCGUGUGUGUGUGUGUCCCGUGCUGGAAAUUUUUAUCGUCUUGUACCAAUUGGUUAAACCAUCUACCUGAUGUCGGAUAUCGUCAGAUUUUUUGUAAGCGUUUUUACAUGUCGGUGUUCCGCAUCAUUGUUUUGUAUCCAAAUCGGUUCUCGUUUGCCAACUUUAGAUUCGACCACCAUGGGGUGGAAGUGCGGGGGGCAUGUUUGUCAGUGUGUUUCUCUUUUAGUCCUGAUGUCCAGGUUUGCCAACUGCACUGGGACUUUGGACAAAACGCGCUGAGCCACACCCAGAAGUUGCAAAAUUUGGAUGUAAUAGCCCUGCAUUACUUGUUUUUCGGUUUCCCUUUGGCGGCUGUGCAAUAUCAUGCAAAAACCAUGUCUUUUUGGAGUGUUGUGGUAUCGUGCCAAUCAUGUCAGCAUCAGGAAUAUGUACAGUAGGCUAAUGCUCUUUUUAUGUAGACGAAUGCACUGAGACCCAGUUAGCGGGUCUGCCAUCCAAAUUGGUCAAAGGCCCCGAAGGGUAUAUAACGAUGCGCUUUCUGAUACUGAGGAAGACAUAAGGCCUUUCAACAAAUCAGAAAAACUAGUCUAGACUAAUUACUGUAGUGUCAAAGACGAGCUUGUUAGUUUUAACGUUUCUGCAUAUGUCUGAAGGUCGGUGAGACACGUCUAACGUCUGUCUAUCGAGGCCCUCACAAGGUGUCAGAAGUGUUCAAAGACUGGUGCCACAAAAAAUAUUCAAAAUCCUUAAAGAACCCCAAGGAAAUCAAACGCACUUUUUAAGUCUUCUCUGCCACACAUUCGUGCACUCCUGAGAGGAUUUUUCCUGGAACUCCGACAGCUGUUUUAAGAGCCAGCGUCAUCUUCAAAACAGAUCUACUUGAUGACCUCCAUUUCAAUUUGGGAAAGACAAAAAACAGCCAGGUUAGAGAAUCAGAGGGGGUGAUGCUCAUUCUGGAUCUAAACCGGCUUCUUGGAGAGUGAAUGAAGCAAGUGCCGCAAAAUCUCUUUGUGGCUGUGCUUAUCGAUUGUCUAGACAACAUUGAAGGGAAAAAGUCGUAAUUAGAUAUUAGCUUUGAAAUCUCCUGUCUAGAUUCUUAGUCAUCCAGGCCCUGGUAACCAAGGUAACUCGACUGUUCUUGAAAAUUGAAGAGUUUUCCUUUAAGCCAUGAAUAAGGCUUCUGCAUUCCUCAAUUAUUUCAGAUCUGGACUCUCUUGCCUUCCAGGUGGGCAAUUAUGGGGUGCUGUUGCCCGGUCUGGUUAGUGAAGAAAAAAAACCGUCUUGCAUACCAAUUAUUUGUUCGCUCGCAUUUCGGCAAAAAAAACUUGUGUGAUUCACUCUUCUGGUAAAUUGAGGCUAUGCCUUUUCUGUUUGAACAAAGCUUUUCUAGUUUGACGUCCUGCCAAGGGCGUAGGUUUCCAUAGGGACGGUAGAGACAUAACACUACCAAAUUUUCAGGGUGCUCAUAUUGUCCCCACCAACUUUUAAGCCACCUUAUUUGCAUUAUAUAAUGAGUUCAGUUAUAUGGGUAAUUUAGAUUGUCUUUCCAUAUGUUGUAAGGAUAGAAUUGACCCUCAUUAUUAAGUGAAUUACUUUCAUUAUGUUCCGACUUACAUUUACCCCAAUUCACUUGCUGAAUGUGCCGGUCCCUUUUUUUCCCUCAAACGCAUGUUUGAUUGGCUGAUGACUAGAACCCCCACAUUCACACAAUCGUAAAAGAAAUACAUAUCAACAUGCCGCCUCCUCCGCUCCCUUUAAAGAGGAGGGAUAUUAGACGUUUUUCUCCUUCUUAAUUCAACUGUGCAUUUUGUGCAUUUAUUCAUGAAUUAAAAUUUAUUUUCUACAUGAUUUAAAAAUAUAUAUAUUUGGCGGAAAUCACUCAGGUAACUUGAAGUUCCGCUCUGAGACGCCCAAUUUGGCCAAAUUUCAAAAUUGUCCGCUAUGCACGCGUGAUACAUCAUUGGAAAGUUUAAAAUCUCAAUUUUCUGGGGGGAAGAAAAAUUUUGAACAGGAGGGCAUUUUAAAAAAUAAAUAAAUUAAAUAAACAGCAAAACCCGAACUGGAGGCGAGAGCAUGCGAGAGCAGAAUUAAAGGCGCCACGAUUUUAACGAGAUCGCGUACAUACCAUGUUUCGAGGCAAAAACUCCAUAUAGCAUGUAUUACCGAGUGUCAAGACACAGUUGUGAAUGGCCACAGCCGGAUUUUUGGGGCGUUUUAUGGGUGGAACAUAGUAAUAUAACAAGGGUCGCGAUGCAGAAAUCGCAGACAUCAAGGAGUGGUGGAGAUGUUCUUUUUCAUAUAUUUACCCUUUUAAAUGUUUUUUCUUUGUUUGGAUUGAUUAUUUAUCAUCUAACAUAUUGGGAAAAAUGCGACAGCAACAACAAAAUACAAUUAAUCGAUAGUUAUGAGGUAAAUAUCUGUUACUUUUUUACAGACGCCAUUUAUUUCAUUGUGACGUAAUUUGUUUAAAAUUUGAAAAUAUGCGAGUGAAUAACAUUUUUAAAGUCGUUUUCAUUUUAAACGAAAUAUUAGACAUCAAUUAAUGAUUCUAAGCUAAAAAUGACAUUUUGAAUAAUAAAUAUAAUUACCUUCUUUUUAUGGCUAGGUUGAAACAAAAUCGGUUGUGCGACGUCUGUAAACGGGGGUUUUCAGGGUAAAACGGACAAAUUAAAAAUAGUUCGGAGGCUUAGUGCGCCAUGAAUCUGCUAUGCCAGCAUAUAGACAUAUUGUUCUAUCAAACACAACAGUUCUUUUGGCUUAAAAUACAGCAGUUUAUUCUAAAGAGAGGUGCAAGAGCAGAAACUGCUUUUUCAGUCUUGUCUGUGUUUUCCGCCAUUUUUAUUUGCAGCCUAUGCACAAUUUUUAAAAAAGUUCUUUUCAUUGUUUUCCAUCCACAAGUCAAUUUAACAUACAGUGCCCUCCAUAAUUAUUGGCACCCCUGAAAAAGAUGUGUUUUUAAGCUUCUAGUAUUUUAUUCAAAUAAUAUGGGACCUUAAUGGAAAAAAAGAGAAAAAUCCAACCUUCAAUACAAGUGCAUUCAUUCAGUGGGGAAAAAAAUCCCACAUAAAGAAAAAAUUAUUUGACAUCAAAUAAUGUGUGUCACAAUUAUUAGCACCCCUGAUGUUAAUACUUUGUACAACCCCCUUUUGCCAACAAAACAAGGUCUGGGAACUGAGAUGGCCAUGGGAGUAGCUUGCUUUUUGUGUCUGGUGAACCAUUUCUGUGUAGAUUUGGCCAUAUGUUUAGGGUCAUUGUGACACACAUUAUUUGAUGUCAAAUAAUUUUUUCUUAUGUUGGAUUUUUUUCCCCACUGAAUGAAUGCACUUGUAUUGAAGGUUGGAUUUUUCUUUUUUUUCCAUUAAGGUCCCAUAUUAUUUGAAUUAAAAAAAUCUAUAUAUUAGAAGCUAAAAAACACAUCUUUUUCAGGGGUGCCAAUAAUUAUGAAGGGCACUGUACUUGUCUCAACAGUGAGAUCCAACUUACAUACUAUGUGGCAUUGAAUAUAAGCAUACAUACAAAACACCCCCCCCCCCCAAACACACAUACACACACACAGCACCUCGUCAGUUAAAAAUUCUAUAUAAUAAGGCAAUGUCUCCGUAGUUCCGCAGCACCAGAUAGCCCCAAACCACGCUCCCCAAAAAUCUACAUACAAAUAUGAACUUUGGGUCCGGAGUAGCCCCAUAUCGUAUGUCGCUAAUGAGAAAGAAAGAAAAAAAAAAAGGAAAAACAAACAAGCAAGGAAAUAUCGUCAUUCCGGAAUAUGAGGGGCACAUUUUUUAAAAUCUCACCCCCCAAAAAACACAACCACUGUAAAUUUCUUUAUAUGAAGCAUUACUUCUGAGAAAUGUACCCAAUCUAUUCGGUUUUAUUAAUGUCCUGUCCCCAGCAAAAAGUACAUGCAGGUUAUGCUGGUAUAGCGUCCCUACCAAUGUUGAGACCAAACCUACGCCCUUGUAGAUGUCUUCUCUGACAACUCCUUCAAAUCAGUGGUCCUCUCUUUCCCAAAUUGUGGUCAAAAGUCUGUCCUCCCUUUUUGAAAUGCAUAUGAACCGCUGCAUCCGUACCCUAAAAAGGUGGCUGUCAAUCUUGCGCCACGUGCCUAUGCAACAGUUUCUUAGUCUCUCACAAUGUAGAGAUCAUCGCACUGCAUAAACUACAUUGCAGAGUUUGCUUCUCGAUAUUUUGUUUAAGAUAUUUUGGAGGAAAUCCAAACUACAUCUUGUGUAACACCAGUCCUGGAACCUUUCUGACACAUUUUUUCGUUUCUCUUUUGGUACCUGAUGACAGGACCGUGUUGCCAACUGCACUGUUGAACUGACAAAAAGCACCGAGCCACACCCAGGAAUUGCCAAAUUUGGAUGUAAUCUAAGCUCUUUUACUACUCUUUGUGUUUUCUCCUCUGCGGCUGUGCAAUAUCAUGCAAAAAAAAAAAACAUGUCUUUUGGAGUGUUGUGGCAUCGUAUCCCUCAUGUCCACAUCAGGAUUAUGUACAGUAACACUCUUUUUAUAUAGACAAAUGCACUGGGAGCCUUUUAGAUCUAGACCGUCUCCCAUCUGAACUGGUCAAAGGCCCCCCAAGAGUAUGUAACGAUAUCCCCUCUGAUAGUUAAGAGGGAAAAAAGGCCUUUUAACACAGCAGGAAAACUAGACAAAGGUAAUUACGGUAGUGUCAAAGACAGGCUUGUUAGUGUAGCAGUACAUUUAAGCAUAGGACAUGUAAAGAUCUUAGCGUCUGUUGAUCAGGGCCCUCACUGACAAAUGAGUAUGGAUAGCCCGGAAUGAGAGGCUUUAAUGAGAUGUUAAAUUUGAACGAGGUCACGAGCGAUCAUCUUUAUAGCACAAAAUCUUUUGACUGCACAAAGAAAACAAAACUGCAACUCAUUGCUGGGAUGUACAGUAUGGUCCAACUGGGCAAUAAUCGAUCAAUGGUUGUUUUUCUAUUUAUGUACUCAAAUCACUUGGAGGCAUUACAGUGUGUGUGACACAGCAGUUUGGAGGUGGCUUAAGAAGCUCUGCAACAACAACAAAAAUCCUUCAAGUCAACAAUCCCGCCGGGUGCAAUUACCUUCCCAGUAGAGUGAGACUGAACAAAAGGCUUCGGCCUGACAUUUGGACUAAUGUUUAUUUCUAUUUUCUCACUGUGUUCCAGGGGCUUGUUUCUCAGUCGUUCGCCGACUGAUUGUGUGUCCUCUGUAUAUAGGCGAAGCUGUUCAUGUGUGUUUUUAGAUGUGUUCGAAAGACGUACUGUAUGUGAGACCAAUGUAUUGCCGAGUCUGUGUUUGAAUGGUGGUGUUUUUCAAGGUGUCAUAGUCCAGAGGGCUGGUGGGCUUUAGGAGUCGAUGUCAAGUCAUUUUUGUUUGCGUCCAGAGGAAAAAGGAAAGAGGGGGGUGUCUACGUUCAACUAUCACAACUGGUCUAUACACCAAGAGUGUCUUCAUCGAGGAAAAGGGCAGGACAGGGUCUGUCCUCUUCGAAACAGGAACAUUUUUUGCACCAAAGUCAUCAUCAAACGCGCAGCUUCUUCUACGUCAACGGCUGAUCAGAACUCUUUAACAUUUGUGGGGUUUUUCUUUUUCUUUCUGGGGAGGGGAAAUGAAAGUUUUUGGGUUGAUUUGCAUGAUUAAAUGUUGUCUUUUUAUUGGCUUGUGUGCCUGGUAAAAGCAUGACCAUGGUGAACUUUCACUUGUGUGUUCUUUUUCUAUUUUCCAUGAAUUGACAUUCAUAAAUCAACUGUUUUACAAUGUAAGGGGGUCUGUAAUGGUUUGAAGGCCGCCUUGCAUGCAUAAAUGCAAAACGUGCAAGACAACCCACGAUGAACUUCAAACCCGAUUACUGUCUUCGUAAAACGUCAUGAAUGUCAAUUGGUUUUUUUCUCCAUUGUAGCUAGCCGGACAUUGCGGUCUUUAUUAAAGCCUUGCUAUUUUCCAAUGUUUGUGUGUUUCAACAGUCGCUCCUUUUUCAUACUAUAAUGCCAGCAGCAGCACGUGGAGGUUUUGCGAAUGAAAGUCAAAGUACUGUAACAAUACGUGUUUUGAGUCUGGUCCACAUUGUGCAGUGUAUCUGACGUGUUUUGCCUAGUCUCGUCCUGUCUGUUUGCCAAUCAGCUGAUAUUAAAGCAUUCUCUGUCCGUCAAACUAGGGCGAGAUCCGUGAGAAGCCUCAACUGUUACCUUCACAAGUUUAAAACACAGGUCAUACAAAUGUACAGAAUGUUUGAACACAGUUCAAACAAAGCAGGUCACUCAAGUGAACAUAUCCUUUGCACACAGUUCUACAGCAGGUCAUGCAAGUGUACAGAUCUUGACAGGCCUCUAUAAAUUUAUUUUUGUAACACGCAGAUUACCUUGUCAAGUUUACGCCCUUGUACCUUUCCUCCUCUGCUCAGUGGUUUCCUGCAAGAGACGCAAGAGCUUCAUGUUCAUUAGUUGGAGAAAACCGCAAGUACCGGGAGUUUUACAAAUUGGAAUUCCCUCCAAAAUGGAAAAUAUUGGAUGAGAUAUCCUCAAAUAACAAGCAAGUUUGCUAGGCGGUUUUCCAACAGCGUCUAUUGAAUAAAUGUAGUUAUACUUUUAAAAAAAUAUUUUAAGCUUCAGAAACAGCAGUAUGAUUUUUAGAGACACAUGGAAACAGCGCAUUGCUAUAAAAGAACAAAAGUAGCUAAUUUGGGUGUAAAAAGGAGUUAUGCCAGGUUGAAAUAAUCAUUUAUCAGUUGGGAAUUGUUUGUUUUUGCAUAAUGGAAGUCUACCAUAACCAGCAUGGAAAGGAAUACAGAACACAUCACCCAGGCAACUUCAUACAGCUUUGUCUAUGGAAGAACGUUGAUGUCCUAGAAUUACCUCAGUAUAUAUAACCAUCUGUGUAGACUGCUUUGACCGUCUCCACUGGCAUUUACAUUUGUUUGUGAGGGCAUGAAUCUAUGUGACUCCCUUCUCAUUUGCAUAAAAAGUAAUGGACUUGGCAGGUUUGAAACAAGAUGAUUUGCGAUGUAUUUGGAAGAAAAUGGAAUAAAAUUUCAU